AUGUCUUUAACAAACUGCCGCUUUUACGAGGAGAAGUUCCCGGAGAUUGACAGCUUCGUCAUGGUCAAUGUCAAGCAGAUCGCCGAGAUGGGUGCCUAUGUCAAGCUUCUCGAAUACGACAACAUUGACGGCAUGAUCCUCCUCUCCGAACUGUCUAGACGUCGUAUCCGAAGUAUUCAGAAGCUCAUUAGAGUGGGGCGCAACGAAGUUGUUGUUGUGCUUCGAGUGGACAAGGAAAAGGGAUAUAUCGAUCUUUCCAAGCGACGUGUGUCUCCCGAGGACAUGGUCAAGUGCGAAGAGCGAUACAACAAGAGCAAGACCGUCCACCUGAUCAUGCGACACGUCGCAGAAAAGACGCAAACCCCUAUUGAGACCCUGUACGAGACGAUUUCUUGGCCACUGAACAAGAAGUUUGGUCAUGCCAUUGACGCUUUCAAGCUGUCCAUCACCAACCCCGAGAUUUGGAACGACAUCGUGUUCCCCAGCAAAGCUGUCGAGGACGAGUUGAAGCUCUACAUUACCAAGCGACUCACGCCCCAGCGAACCAAGGUCCGAGCCGAUAUCGAGGUCACCUGCUUUGGCUACGAGGGUAUCGACGCCGUCAAGACGGCCCUGAGAACUGCCGAGGCGGGCAACGAUGCCGAGGAGGCCAAUGCCGAUAAGCAAGUCAAAGUCAAGCUCGUCUCUCCUCCCUUGUACGUCCUCACCAGCACCUCGUUCGACAAGAACCAAGGCAUCACCCAGUUGCAGCAAGCUAUCGAAGGCAUAAGGAAAAGCAUAGAAGGUGCCGGGGGCAACCUUAGCGUCAAGAUGGAGCCCAAAGCCGUAACGGAGAGCGACGACGCCGAGCUGCAGGCUCUGAUGGAGAAGAGGGAACGCGAGAACGCCGAAGUCAGUGGCGAUGAAAGCUUGAGCGAAAGCGACGACAAUAUCCCAGAAACCAUCUAA